AUGAAACAUGAUAAUGUAUCAGUUAUGUUUAAAUGGUUACUCUUAGAUUUGGGGGAGCAUGGCAGAGAGUGUAAUAGAAUGAUAAUAUUUUGCAGAAAAAGGCGCCACUGCUCAGAUUUGUAUGAAAUGUUCAAAAAUUACUUGGGUGACAAAGCAUAUGACAAGAGUGUGUCACAUUUUAAUAGAUUGUUUGGGAUGUUUCACUCAAAGACAAAUGAGAGUGUGAAACAGCACAUCAUAUCUUCCUUUCAGAACCCCAAUGGUGUUGUGAGAGUUCUAUUCACAACUAUAGCAUUUGGCAUGGGCAUGGAUGUUAAGGGUGUCCACCAGAUUAUUCAUCUUGGUCCAUCCAAUGAUAUAGAUGAAUAUAUGCAGGAAACUGGUAGAGCUGGCAGGGAUGCCAGUGUCAUGGCCAGUGUGGUUUUGGUGAAAUAUCCAGGUUCUUUGCGAAGCUCUCGUAUUAGCAAGUUAAUGAAAGGUUAUUGCAGAAAUGUCUCUUCCUGUCGUAGGAAGUUCAUACUUGCAGAGUUUCAGGAUAAUCCAAAAUCCAGUGCUAUUUUGCAUACCUGUUGUGAUAUAUGUUCUUUAAAAUGUAGAUGCUUGUGCGCUUGUGAUGACGAAGAAUGUUUCUGUGAAUUUGCUUGUUUGUCACCAGAUGAAUACCUUUCAAAAGCAGAGACCAACUUACAAAAGGUUGUUGUUGAUGAAAAGAGUGCGUGUUCUGGCAAGUUCAUAGAUAGCGCUCCUGUUCAUUUGGUGACAAACAUUCAGCGAAAGGCACUAGAAACAUACCUUUUUGAAUACAGGAGUACUUUGCUGAAAUGUAGGAAUGAGAAUGAAAUAUUUGUUGGGGCGGAUAUUGUUACAGGUUUUUCAAGAGCUUUAAUAUCUCAAGUUGUUAAAUAUGUGCAAUUCAUUGAGAACAAGAAUGUACUUCAAUCAAAUUUCUGUUUCUUCUCACCGGUUCAUGUAAAUAGAGUAUGGGACAUUGUUUUAGAGGUGCUUGAAGCAUCUGAUUCUGAUUUACAGAGUGAUGUCUCAGAGUUUGAAAGGAUCAGAUAA